AUGGUCUACUUCCUCCUGGUUCUGUUCCUCUUGCUGUCGCCUAUACUGUACUUGGUACUGAACUCCCUUGUCCCAAGGCUGUUGGGUUCACAAGACCUGAAGUUGCGGUAUGGUGCGACCUGGGCUCUGGUGACUGGUGGCUCCUCUGGCAUCGGCAAGGAGCUGGCAAGAAAGCUGCUUUCCCAGGGCUUAAAUGUGGUCAUCGUUGCGCGUGAUGAGCCAGUUUUUGCCGAGACUCUGAAGGAGCUGAAAGCUCAGUUCCCAAAGCAGGAAGUCCGAAGUGUCAAGGCCAACCUGUCAGAUAGCUCUGGAGCUUGGAUGGCGGACGUCAAGGAUGCCACCAAGGACGUCGAUGUCCAGCUGGUUUUCAACAAUGCUGGCUUCAUCGUUACAGGUUUCUUUGAGCAACACUCGGUGGACACCCACUUGGCCAACUUUCACUGCAACCUCACUGCCAACAUUCACCUUACCCACCACUUCUACAGUCUCAUGAUCAACAAGGGCCUGAAAGGCUGCAUUGUUUUUACGUCGUCCUCCGCUGGAUUCAUCCCGAACCCCUUCGCUGCGAUGUAUGGCUGCACAAAGUCCGGUGUGUCGGAGCUUGCAGCCAGCCUGGCUGUCGAAGGUAAAGCUCGAGGGGUGGAUGUCCAUGCUGUGCAUCCAAGUCCAGUAAACUCCCGCUUCACUUCUGGUGGUGGCAAUGAUGUCAAGGUGCACAAAAUGAACAUGUUUGAGAUGGCCUACAAGAUGGCUACUGGUCCGGAAGUGCUUCCCAACCAGAUCUUUGCUGCCGUUGGCCGCUCACCGGUGAUGAUUGAUCUUGGUGGUACCUCCAUUGGUAUGCGGCACCUUGCCAGAAACGGUUUGUCAUGA